CUCGGAGCGUUCUAUCCGACCGCCGCCGUCCCCGUGCGUCCACGUGCGAGAGCGAACGCGCGAAAAAUCGGCGCGUCCGAAGAUGCGCCACGUGCAUCGUCCCACCUGACCAGCCGAAUCGUCUCGCGCGAACUUUGGUGACUUCGGACCGGAGGAUCCCUCUUCUCUCCUCUCUCCUCUCUAUUUUUUUUCCCCUCUUUUCUUCACGGAGUGCCGCGCGAGACCGCGAGUUUUCCGUCCGCGUGCACCGCCGCCGUUUUUCGGAGUUCCGUUCGAGCAAGUGUCGCGCUCCCGUUCGGGAACGCCGCGCCGAUUCAUUCAUUUCUCCAAUUUGCCCAAGUUUCUCCUCCGGCUUUGGAUCCGCCGUCGGAGAAAGUAUUACGGAUUGCCGGGGCGAAUUGUGCUGUGGUGGCUCGGAAAUGAGACAUAGGAUUAGACACGACUGAGCAGCUGCAAGAAUGGCCAGGACGUUUUCGUUGAGCUUGGUGGUGGCGUUGCUGCUGAUCUUCGCUAUUACCGAAGCUUCUCGCGGGCAGACUAAUCAGACGGAUGGACAGAAAAUCCAUAAUCGCGGUGCCACGCGGUUUAACUCCAAAACGACGACUGAAUCGAGCAUUGUUUCCACAUCAGAAACCAGGUCGUCUCGCGACAAGAGCUCGCGUUCGGAAGCAGCCCCCAACUUAGAACGGCGCGAGACGCAUUUCGCGAGAGAAGGCUCGGUUAGGCCGCGACCGAAAUUAAAGCAGACGACGGACGAUUCCGUUACCACAUCACGGACAACUUCGAAGGAUUUGAAUACCAAUGCCGAUACUUUACGAAAUCGUCACAAGUCGCACGCCACGCAGGUCGUUAAAGAAGAAACAACAAGGGGCGCGCACGACAACAACAAGGAGAACAGACCCGAGACGCAAACACCGAGGCGACCGGCAGCUUCCCGAAGAACGUCUUCGGAUGCAUCCACCGUCUGGGUGGACAAUGCGAAGCCGGAUGACGAAGUGUUCACGAAGACGCCUGAUCUCCUGAGAUCAAGAGCGGGAAGAAAGAUUCAUGCGAGUGGGAGGGAAUCGAAGAGAGAAGUAAUCCCAACCAGGAAAUCGCCAGAAGAUGAAAAUGCGGAGAAGGCCGAAAGUCCGAGCGACGAGUCGAGAAAGGAAGAAGCACGAGCAGAGUAUUCAACGACCGAGAACGUCACCUCGAGAGCGAACGCGUCCAGGAGGAUAGAUGCGAAAAUCACGAAUAGUUCUAGCAAUCAUAAAGAUGAAGUGAAGGAUGUCCUGCUGUCGGGUUCCGAGAGCGUAAGAGUGGACGUCCCCCUCGUAGUCGGGAACAACGAAGACGUUAAUUUUCUAACGUCCGCCACGAUUUCGCCAGCCAACGUGUCUCCCAGACAGGCCUCGAGGCCGGCCAAGGAGAAGGUGGAGAGCAACGAUAUCGCGAGGUCGAGCGCGAAGCAAAGCAGACAGUCGGACCGAUCGAAGUCUCGUAACAGAUCGAAAACGAGAGAUCCUAAUUUUGAAACCGCGAACUCAGGUACCUCCCGCCGAGGUUCGUCCAAGUACGGCGGCACUGCGGAGACGAACGAACGGUCCUCCGGUUCCAGACACAGAUCUAACGCGAAGAACGUCAAUUCGAGGGGCCGUUCCGCGCAUAAGUCGAGAGACGCGGUCGCGGCGGAGGCGAGGAGUAGCGGUAGACAGAGGGAUGCAGGCACCGAUCCCGAGACGAAUGCAAACAGACGGACGGAAACGCGACGUAACGACAGACGGACGCCCGAGGGAAAGCGAAGGUCCAAGGAUGGCAGGUCGAAAGCUGUGGAAGCCAAGGUAGACGAGCAAGAUAUCCGGGCGCUGUCCAGAAACCGAUCACGCCCAGCAGUCAGCAACCUGGAGGUCACCACUGCUUACAUUCCGAAAGCGACAGUCGCCGAAGCCACGACCGUACCUUCUGUGGACACAGAGAUUACGACACUCAAUUCUGCAACGAUCAGAUCAUCGACAACCGCUCGAAUAUCUCCUUCAACCGAGCGAGCUUCGCGCAGCAAGGGAAGAGACAGAGGAGAAAGUUCCCGAGCGAAAAAACCCCCGAAGGAAGAUUUCUUCAACCACGGUCUAGGUUUUCGUGGUCGAAAGAGCUCGACCGAGGGAUCGUCCUCGAUCGUUGCAGAUCCGACCACUACGCCCAGAGGCGAGACGCAAUUACGCGGUAAUCCCGGAUGGACCCUCAGACGUCGACCCAGUCACGUCAAUCCCGAUGCUUCCUCCUCGACUACGUCCGCGCCAGUUAAUCGAGAUCAGAUCAACGAGAUCGUUUUGCCGAAUGAUUCGGCCAGCACCGAAACGCCGUUAAGUAACGCAAAAGCCGGACGAAGAGGCGGCAAAAAGCCGAAGGCGAAGGACGAGAGCAAUACCAUAUCGAGCGUCGCGGCGAAGGGCGUAACAAGGGGCAGUAAAACUUUCAACAAAUCCGAAAAUCUCGGUCUACCCAAGGGAGCAGAGCCCGAGAGCGACAAUUAUCCUCCCGCAUUCCGUGCUAGACUGUCUCAAUUGAAAAUUUCUAACUCGAAACCUACCGGAGGAAAAAGUACAACUAGGACCAGCUCGCAGGCCACGAAACCAAGUUUGGCGAGUCUGUUCUCCGAAAGAUCUAAGAUGAAACUGGAGUUAGCCAGAAGAUUAAUCAAACCCGAAUUGAACGUUGACGAGAACGUUUACGAUGUUACGACGGCCGCAUAUUCCGACAAAUCGAAAGCGGAAGAAGUAUCGACGGUCAGCGAAAGUAGGAACGUGGAAAAAACUACAAAGGCGACCAGCAAACUCAUCGGCGCUCGUGUCACCCACGGAAGUUCGAUCGCAGGUGCGCGAAAAGAAAAGUCGCCCGUGAGAGGCAGGUGGAAGCUUUUGGAGACGAGAAAAUUGUCGAAAGAUCGAAAUGCCACGAUCCCGCUUAGAUCACCCGUCGCCACGACCAAGAAGAGCCGGGUGACUUCCGAAAGAGCAGUCGUACCUCCCUUCGUCGAAGAAACGGCCGGCACAACCGUCGAUGCGACAAAAGUCCGAUCUCCGACGAGCACCGCGAAGUCGCGGGAGGAGUCGUCAACACUGGCGAACACGGCGGAAGCUAUAGAGGAGAACAGCAUCGUUACGACCGUCGAACCGCUCAAGAUGGAUAAAACGUUCAUCGAAAUUAUUACCGCUACGUCGCUCACGGACGUGUCAACGGAAUCGAAGGUCCACCCUACGGAAUUCUCUCAAGAGGUGACUUUACCGCCGACCGUCACCACACCGUCCUCGACGAAGUCAGAAAAGCUGUAUCCGGUUUAUAUUCCCGACACGAAGGCAUACAACUCGCUCGAUGACAGUGAGAAGACGACCAUCCCGAGCGACGCGAGCAAGAGCCCCGUCCGAUCGCGUUACACCGUGCAGAAGGAGCAACCGGACAAGGUGGCGGUUUCGAUGGUGACGUCGAGGACCGUCGGGCCCACCAGCAGGUACAUUCGAAAAAAAUCCGGCGUCUUCACGCCGUACGACUCAAUACCCAAGACAACCACUACGGAGGCGACGCUCACGCAGACGAAGAGACGGGAAUUUCGUCCGCGUACGUCGACCUACAGGAGACAUUCCGAGGUGCCGACCAGCCAGGUGGCGGUCCAGCAAUCGGCAACGGUCGAGCAGACGACCGCUGGCGUGACCAUCACCCCGAAACCGACCAAGUACCACGCGCAAGUCGUCACGCCGAGCGUUCGCUCCUCGCCCUCCGAACCACUUGUCAGCGUGCGGAUUGACACGAACGACACCACUACGGCCGGCGUCGCCGAAAGCAGCAACGGUAACAGCGGCAACUCCAACAUCUUCAACCCCACCAAGAGCACGUAUGUCAACGGUAACACCACCACGCUGCUGGAGCAGCUACGGAGCACCGUGGCACCGCUCCUCAAUAACUUGGGGGACAAAACCCCCAUCUUCUCCGGAGCCUACUCCAACGUGAAUACUGCGAAUUCAGCGCCCAGGAUAACGCCUAACGGUUCCCCGCCGAGAUUCAGCGCGAGAUACAAAGGGGCAGAAUUGUUAGUAAGAAAACCGUCCAUUGGUCAAGCUGUGGUACCGUCGAUCACAACGUCGUCAACUACAGCCUCGACACCGAUAGAGAAUUCCGGUUCGGCGCCACCCGUUGACAUCAACAGCCCCGGCGAGCCCAGAUUCGUCACUUUUUAUCAGGCGUUAGAGUCGGCUAGCAUAAGAAACGAAAAUCUGGGCGCGGAAGACGUGUCACAGCGGCAAAGACUAACUGGCGUGGUAACGAAGGUAGACCCUAACGCUACUGUACCUAACGGCGCCAGUAACGACAUUGCUAACAACAAUGACACCAUAGCAUCAAUCACCGCGACUACUACAUCCUCCCCAGAUACCACUACCACAGACACUACCACCGCCGUUCAGUCGGCAAACAAUUCGCUCGCUUCGAGAUUAGGUACGGAGAGUAGUGGCGCCGGCACCACGACGGUACAGACCCCCGCAUACCCGGACACGAACGGCAGGGAAACGACUCCAGUCCCCGUCUCGGAUGCGCCCGGGACUACCGUCCCCGUUAACACGAUAACGAACCCACUGCCGUCCGAUACGAAUGUCCCGGGUGCCGCGGGAUCGCCCACCACUACCGAGACCGCCGACGUGACUUCGGCAGCGUUGCCCUCCACGGAAUCCGCCCCCGACGACCCACCACCUACCGAGACCACGGAGGUAGCGUCGCUACCCACCACUGAAGCGAUCAACGCGAGCGUGUCCGCGCCCGCUUCUCAGAAUCUGCAAACGGCGACAGAUACACCGGAUACAACCGUGCCAUCCCCCGUCACCGAGAGCGUCACCGUGACGCACUUACCGGAAACGACGACGACCACGACGACCACGACGACGACGUCGGAAACGAAUACCGUGCAACAGCCCGAGGAGACGACGCCCCGCGCGACAGAGACUACCGAGGCGGUCGACGAUAUAGAAACGAACACCGUGCAGCAAACGUCUCAGACGACGGAACCCACGAGCACCGCCGAGCCAGCCACGACGGAGGAGAUUUCGAAUGACAUAAUCGAGAUCCGCGCGACGGCGGCACCCGCCUUCACGUCUACGUACCGCACGCGGUUGUUCGACUACGCGCAGGACAUCCUGUCGCGUUUGUCGCAAAAGGGCUUCUCCACGAUUAGAACACCGCCGGUCCAAGGACCCACCGUCACGACGACCGUCUUCCCCGACCUGUCCAACGCAAUACCGGACUCGUCGUCGGCGAAUACGGAGAACCCGCAGCCGGAGGAGACGACCACCGCGCGGGCAGCCGCUGAACCGGGAAACGUCGAGACGACGUUGCCACCGGAUGUAGAACUGGUGCCGACCACGGCGGACGGGGCCGGGGUGAUCGAUACUCGAAUAGGUUCGGACGCCACGCCUCAGGGUGGUCAGUCCAACGGCCAGGAGACAAACGCACGGGAUACAUUGGACUCGGGUACAACCACGGGACAGACGUUGCCGAGUGUCGCGGGCAACGCGACAUCAGACCCCGAAUCGACGACAAUAGCUCAGAAUACGCGAGCCCCGUCGACAAACGAAGACGUCGCGACACCGACCUCGCGACUCGUCGACCCCGUCACGGAGAACGACCCCCGGUCGUCCAAUGACACGCUGCUCGCUGAGCUAAUGACUAUCGCGAAGACCCUCUUCACGGAAGCGAUGAACGACACGCGGCAGUCGAUUCAGACUGACGGCACGGUAGGAAACGACGAUAAGAAUCGUGCCGUGUCAUCGAACGGCACGGCAGAAGCUACCACUGCACCCUCCGAAUUUUCGAGACCCUUAGAAAGCACUACCGCGCCCACAGACGUCGCAACGCCCGUUGAUUUACCCGGAAGCGAAAGAGAAGAUAAUUCCACCCGCGGCCCUGUUGUAGGAUCGAAAAUUUCGUUAGUGGAGUCUAACGCGCGACCCACCGAUGCCGAUGUAGGUGAUGUUACCACAGUGUCCCCUGCGCAGAUAAUGACCGAAACACCCAACGCCGUUACGGUUACGGGCAGCAUGAGUUCGGAACUAACUACUAAUACGCCUGACUCACAAUUAUCUAAUCCGACUGAAUCACCUAACAAUAAUACUGGACAACAAACUACCACGACCGUUGCGAAUGACGAGGUCGAGUUGUCGGAAUUCGCAAUGGACCCCACCAGUAAUCCCUUAACGAGCUCCGUUACCGCGAACGCAGGGAGAAUGCUGCCCGACCUGAACGAGCUGACGACGUCGGAUACGAUAACGGAAUUAACCACUAGCGUAGCUAUGACGGAAGUAAACGUCGUACAAACGAACGUCGUAGAUACCACUAAUCAGACACCGGGGCCACCCGCUACGGUCGUGCCUGCAUCCGACCUACCGGUCGCAAACGACCGAUCCCUCGUAGCGAACGCAUCGGAUAUCGCUGUGACACUUCCAACGGUAUCCGAUAAGAGCGAUACUCGGCCACUUCGCACCGAGCCUCCCGCCACGGAGUCAGUCCGUAACUCAUUGUUAUUAAGCUCCACCGACACCACCACUAAUCGACUCAACGACAUAACAACAAACGCCCCUCAAACGCUAACCGAUCUCGUAAGCGAGAUGCCAAAUCUUAUUGCCCGUUUACAGGAUACAACGGCAUCGACUGCAACAACCGCCCAAGGGACGGCUGGUUCGAGACUCAUUCAACCCGAGCAAACGACCGAAACCAUCAUCACCACCACCACCACCACCAUCACCGUCCCUAAUGUCACAGCACCAACAACCGAUUCCACCACUUCCCUCGUAUCCUCUACCGACCCGACGACUGUCCCGUCCUCGUCAGCCGAACCGACGGUGACGACGACGGCGACGACGACGACGACGACGACGAUGACGACGACGACGUCGACAGAAGCGUCGUCGCGAUCCGAGCCGCUCACCACCACUGUCGGACAAAUGCCCGAAACGACCACUACGACUGCCGACAUUAACGAGAACCUCGUCUCCACCGAGACAACGACCGAUACCUCGACUACGCGAGGUACAACGGUCACCCCGACCGAGUCGGAGGACUUGAAUGUGAUAUCGAGGAUAAGCGACGGAGAGGCAACGACAACGACGACAAGCACCGCACCGCCCACGAACACGUCGACCGUAACAACUACGUCGACUACUUCGACUACCGCACGGACCACUGUGCUAAAUCGGGUUCCGCCAGUCCCGGGGUUCACGCCUUUGAACACCGCGCCCUACCUGGGACGUUUCGGCGGCGGCCAGAUAACGCCGGCACCGAGACUCAGCUCUUCCAAGGCGCCGGUCCGCGAUUACCUGAUUUACGGUAUCUAUCCCAACAAGACCAUCGUGCGGAAGCGGCCGGAGGACAAUCUGAUCGACGGUAGAAACGUGGACAGCCCGUACGUGAUAUUCGGCAUCUAUCCGGACGGCAGACUAGUCCGGAAGUUCCCCAACGGAACGAUAAUACCGGAGUCAUCCAGGAACCCGGUCGAGGUUGUGUUCACACUUAGAACUACCACUACUACUAACCGACCAGCACCCAGGCCGUAUUUCUAUAACCAGGCUAACCAAGCGGGGGUUUAUAACAACCAGUAUCAAGCCCUGGGGAACUAUGGUAAUGGUAGACCCGUGGAUGAGCUGACGGGAGGCGCCCAGAGCCCCGGACCCCUUGAUUUUGGACUUAUCGGUAAUGCGAUCGGCGUUACCCCUGGAGGCCCCAAUUUCGCGGGACCAUUUGGUCCCCCUGCUAGCGUCCCGAGCACAAACAAAAUGAGUGAUAUUUUAUUAAAUACCCAAAUGGGUGCAAUACCGAAUGCAUUCGGUAACCUACAGACACCGAAUAGUGGUCAAGUACAAGGUCCGAUCGGCCCUUCUGUAGUCCAGGAUCGCGAAAGAAAUGAAGCUUCUCGGACAAGUGUGACGUCUGAUCAACGCAGCGCUGUAUAUAUCGGACAGGAUAAAUUUAUUAAUUAUCAGAUUGACGGUGCCCCCGUUGUCAAUCCAAAAGUCGUGGAUGUAAGAAUAAAUUCAGUGGCUACCUCUGUGAACGAAGGUUCGUCCACGGCGUCGCUCCCGUCUUUUGACAAUUUGCUGAACAAUCAGUCGGGCGGUAGUGUAAUAACAGCACCUCCCGGUUUUCCCUGGAGAGAUCCCCUUGAUCAGAUAUUUGGCAUCACCACCAAUUCACCUAUACAAACAGCAUCUGUGGCAACAAAUCAAUUGGACGAGAUUGCGUCGCGACCCGUAAGUCCCUUGGUGGAACUCUUCACACCAGUCGUGAACAGUGCAACCCCAACAUCCACGACCACCACGACCACCGCUGGCACUACACCUAUCACUACUGCCAGUACCACUACCCCUACUACUACUGUCAGUACCACUACCCCUACUACUACUGUCAGUACCACUCCUACUACUACUACCACUACUACUACCACCACGCCAACAACCGCAGCUACGACCGCAGCAACGAUCGCAGCAACGACUGCCGCAACGACCGCAGCAACGACUUCCGCUGCUACUACCACUACUACCACCACAACGACAACUACUACUACUACUACUUCGACGACAACCCCCGCAACGACCACGACAAGCCAAACAGCGACAGCAGGUCGAGGAACAGUUCCAUCGUCUACCACGCCAGUAUCUGCGGAUAUAUUAAGUCGGUUACAAGCGAACACGAUGGAAAGCUCCUUUGGUACUACGUUCGGAGAUUUGGCUUUCCUGAAUUCAUUGUUACAGAAUAACAAUGUCAAGUCAACCACGCCGAAAACGCUAAGUGAGGUAGAGCAAAUAUUGGCCAACAGGAUUUUAUCACUUGCACUGGCUAAUCCUGGACCGACGCGAUCGCCAAAGGCCAUUCAAUCUGCGAGCUUGAAUACGAAUCUGAACGCGAUCAAGAAUCACCCGUCUUCCGGGCCGAUAAUAAUCGACUUGUUACCAGUUUCACCUCCAAGCGUUACUAGUAGCAGCACAUCACCUACGAAGAAAUACACCGAAACGGUCACGGCGACACAAGCUAGCGCUGCGCCGGCUAUCACGACUAGGGCACCAGUCGUUAUCACUGCCAAGCCUAAAACGACACCGAGACCGAAAACUACAACCCCUCAGGGGCCCGUGGGAUUUGGCGGGGGUUUAUGGCGAGCGUUGUUCGGCGGCAAUUUCUUCCAAGCGACCACCGCGGCGAGUGUUGCAAAGAACACGAAACCAAAAGCCGCGAUUAAGACAACGACUCAGAAGCCUCGGACCACCCAGACACCGACGCAGAUCAUCAAGUCGACGCUUGCGAGUCACAUAAUGUCCGCGAUCAAAUCGCCAACGACAUCGCGAAGCGUGGACAUCUCGGACAUCCAAGUGGCCUCGAGCACAUCGCUCGCGGACAGUAUCAUUUCCGCAUCGACGCCAAGCACGAUUUCAACCACGCUCUUAAAUAAUCCGAAUCCUAGAUUGAAAGAAGCCUCUUCCACGUACUCGCCCGAGGAUGACGCGAAAUUUCUGGCUGCGCUCCUGCGAGCCGUGCAAACGGAAGCAGCAACGAGUACUUCUACGACAUCGCGUGGAUUAAGCGACGAUGAUGAAGCCUUCCUGAGAGCUAUUUUAAGUGAUCAGACUAGUGUAUCUACCACCACAGCAUCAUCUUCUGAAACGAAUCCUGCUGCUUUGUUGGCUCUACUCCUAAAGCAGCAAGGCAUAGAACCCACAACACCAGCAACGAAACUUAGGGAACAAUUACAAUUAUCCAGCCUUGGUAUAUUUUCUCCGGAUGUGACCUCAACUACGACUCGACCAACAACUCCCAACAGGGCGGUCAGCACGGCCAGACAAGUGGUGACACCGAAACCAACUGCAAGACCAAAACCGACACUACAGACUACAACAUGGACUCCAAGUUCAACGUACCCGCCUCCACUCUUUGGAGGAAGUGGGUCUUCGGGUAGCGGGCUGGUUACUGCUACUAGAGCUAUAGGCAGAUUCCUUGGUGCUGCCAUUUCGGGUGCAGCCCAACAGUUACAAUCUUUACUAAGAAAUAAUACCAGAAGCGCAGCUGGCUAAUAUUAGAAUGGAAAAAGGACGAUGUACAUCAAUUUUCGCUCAGCCUGAAAACAAAUGUCAGGAUUGAGAUUGUAAUAGUUGUUAAUUAAUAUUGUGCUUGCUGUUGAAAGUUACAGUGGCAACAUGGAAGUCGACAAAACGCUAGGAGAAAGUUCAAUCAAGACAACAAUAGAAAGUAAACUUGUUCAAUUGUUACGGACUACUGCGGAUAAUAUCAAAGACAAGCAGUCUCAAAAUCACACUUAUCUUAUAUAUAUUUACAUGUUAUUAAAAAAGCAUUUUUCUUUCGAAGUGAGCAAAUCAAACCUACAUUAAAUAUCAAAUCAAUUCUCCAUACAAAUAAUAUUUAAAUAAUUAAAACUCGAUCACUAUAUAUGAUGUACAAAGCUAAGACUCGAUGUCUUGACUGAACGCUUCUUGCCAAUUGCUAAUCUAAGAAAUGAAUAUUACGUUCGUCGUUGUUAAUUAUUACUCAAGUUCAAUACGGUAUAAUUCUCAUUAAAAUUCGGAAAAAAAAUUGAUCAAGUAUUCCACAAAUUGAUUCCAUCCUAGAGUUCACAUUUUAAUAAAAAUUUCCUUUUAAUUCAAAGUAAUGUUCAGAGAGCCGAAAAUACAUUGCUUCUUUUCUUCAGAUAAUUUUGCAACAAGAUGUUCAGUGAUAAUUCGCAAUGACGGUUUCGAAUAUCGAAACGCAAUCCCCAAAACUUUGCAAACAUUUCCAAAGUAAGCCUAUCGCUGUUCCUCCAGGUGUACUUGUGGAGAUGUUUGUAACGAUCGUCAUAAUUAAGAGAAUAUACUAGCGCGAUGCUCUUCAUAUCGUUAACUGUGCUCUAUCGAUGUGUCUUGCUUCUACGCUUUUUUCUUUCUUAUUUUUCUACUGUCCUCCUUUCGUACGGUGAAGCGGUGAAUGUGCUCAGUGAAUCGUUAAUAUUUGAACUGGUAUGCGGAUGACUACAGACACAAGAUAGUAUUUAUAGUAACUCUGCAUUAACUUUGCGACAGAUAAUUUAAACUUUUAAAGUUCUAACUGUAAGAAGUUAAACUGUAAAAGACACUGUACUGCACGCACACGUUAUCUGUAUGCAAAGUUCUAAGGUAAAAAUGUGUAUGUUUUCUCUCGAUUAAUACUUUUGCAAUUUCAGAAGAGAGCUUUUACCUCUUCGACAUCUUGCCCCGUAUUCGCGUAUCAAUAUAUCAUACGCAAAUUGUACAUUAUUAAAUUAAAAUGUUUUUUUUUAGAAUAGGAAGGAGCGUAACAUAAUAGUAUUUUUUAAUGUAUGUGAAUAAUGUUAGAGCGAUUGAGGGAGAAAGAUUGAGAUCGGAGCAAAGCUGAUUUAUCUUUCUAGACAACCGAAAAAUUUAAUUGACAUCGAAAAGAUUUCAGUUUAGAGACGUUCUUUAGGUGACUUUUAGAUGAUAUACGUUUGAUCGAAAAGACAAAGCUCGUGUGAAGUUCUCGUCCCUAUUCUAAUAGUCUGGUGUGUGACUUGUAAUUGAUAAAGUAUAGGCAAAACUGAAUAUUACUUUUUAUUUAAAAACUUUUCAAAAUAAUUAUCUAGUAAUUAUUUAAACGUUUUUAACAUAAGUAAAUAGAAAUUUUACUUAAUAGAUUUGAUUAAUUGUCAGUUCAUAUUUUUGUAAGUAAUCGAGCCGCUUGUCUAUCUCACGUUUCACAAUUUCUUUUUUAAUAGAAUGAAGCAAGACUCGGCAUAUGAGUCAAAUUAAUAUAUGGGAUUAUUUUAUUAUUUUUUAACUGGUAGCCUCAUUAACGUUAUGAAAUAUUAUUACAAUUGUUGU